AGUCUAGUUAAAUUUUGGGCCACCUCUCCAAUUAAGGAUACCUAAUUAUAAUGAACAAUAAUUGGAAAUUAAAAGCAAUUAACACAGCUUAUAAGAAAACUACUGAGACUAGAUAUUUCAAUUAUAUUGUUAAACCUAAUGUUAUAAACCUCAUAGGAAACACAAAAGACAAAACCGUAUUAGACGUUGGUUGUGGAUUCGGGAGAUACCUAGAAAUUCUCUCUAAGCAUGACCCGUCAAAAUUAGUGGGAUGUGAUAUUUCUGAGCACCAAAUACAAUUGUGUAAAGAAAGUGUACAAAAUAAAGAUAUAGAAUAUUACAUAGUCGAUUUUUCUGAUGCUAGCAGCUCUAUAGCUUUAGGACAGAAUAAAUAUGAUAUUGUUUACAAUGUGCUUGUAUUAUUAUAUAUAGAGACUCUUGAUAAAUUAAAAACAUUUAUUGAAAAUUGUUACAAAUGCUUAAAAAAGGGUGGAAAAAUGGUUAUAUGUACGUCAGACAUUAAAAGUGCUUCAUUUUAUCCAGAAGUCUUUAAUAUUCUAAAACUUUCCGCAAAACCUUUGACUAAGGAUAAUGAGUAUACAGAUGGUUGUCCUAUACAAUUAGAAAUUAUAGAAAAUUGCAUUGUCACCUGUUAUCAAAGAAAUUUCGAGACCAUAAAACAAUUAAUGGAACAAGUGGGUUUUACCGAUGUUAGAAAAUGUGAUCUAUUUUUAGAAGAAAUCUCCUUAGAAGCCUUUACGGAUAAAGAAUUGAAUAUUAUAAAAAAAUCUAAUAUAUUCUUAUUUUUAGAAGCCAAAAAACUUUAAGAAUCAUCCCCUGGUGAUGUUGCAUGGCCAAUAUUGCAAGUAAAUAAAUAUUUUUAUACUUGCAAAAUACUAAAAUAAAUGUUUGCCUGUUAUUACUAGUUUUCUUGAAAUGAUU